GCGAUGUACCGUUACAAAUGAAUAAAUGUCAAUGUAAAUGUGUCUCGAAAGAAAAGGCAUAAGUGAACGAUGAAGAGGAAAGACGCAAACCGUACGACGGCCGUGUGCACCGGAAGGAAAUGUUGCAAAAGAAACUAACUGUGUCGGCAUAGUGAACUCUAAAAUACGUCCAGUGGUUUUAAACAGUGACGAUUGAAAUGUGAUGAGAAGAAGACGGAGCAACAUCGAUAGUCUGGGGGAUAGAAUAAUAUGCACUUGCAAGCGUCGCGAGAAUGUUCGUUAAAGGAGGUUCCUAGGAAGGAGAAGUCGCAAACGGAAAAAAGACACCCGCUGGAGACGGUUGCCUCCUCAAUGAGGAUGAUGGAAGACACUUCGUGAAACUUGUGAUGGUAGGUGAUAUCAGGUGUGGUAAGGAUGAACUCGCGGUCGUGGGUAAGACGGAGAUGACCACUAGAUCCCUGCCUCCUCCUGCAGACGAAGACGAGGAGGACGAGGAAGAAGAGGAAGAAGAAGAGGAGGAGGAGGAGGAGGAAGUCGACAAGUGAUAUCCACUCUCUCAUCGCAUCGAUGACGACCCCUGCGUCCAUUGAUAGAGGUAUGGGGAGUGUUGUAGGCAGCAACGUGAACGUAAGCAACGUAACGACGAGGAGGAUGGACACGACGACGUUCCUGCCGGAAGCGACGUCGACCCUCAGCGAGCGGGAGCAACUCAAAAUUGAAUUCUACAAAACUUACGAUGUUAUGACCGGGGUCAGAAUCGCAGUGACUCUCGGUGGUUUUUUCGGUCUUAUGAUCCUUCUGCUUGUUUAUAAAAGCAGGUGUAAAUCGAGCAAGCAGUUGGAGGAUCCAAGACUGACCGCAGCAGCGGCCGCAGCGGUAGCUGAAGCAGAAGCCGAGGAAAGAGCCCUCGCAGCCGCCCUUGAAGCCAUCGCCAGAUUACCACCUAGGCCAGAUCGGGGUCCUAGAAGAUCUCUUUGUGUCGAGGUUACUCAAUCUCAUUUGCCAAGAAUCGGUCCACGUUUCGCGUCGGUCGGGGGUGGUUACGAGGCUUUAUUAACGCCACCAAGGAAGCAGCCGAAAUUGGCGCCACCGGAAGAACAAAGAAGAUGCAGCUCGGUAACGUGUAGCAGCACCGGGAGUAGCUACCUCGAGAGGAGAGGGUCUGCAAUGCCGGUACCAUGUUUACCUCUUCAUCCUACGUUUUCGACGAAGCACGCUGCCCACGACGAACCCUGGGACCUUUAUUACCCCAUCGAUAUUCAGGUAAUCCAACCAACCCCAGAGCUUUCUCCAUGCACAAGCGAAGCAGGUCUUUACGCGAACGAAGUGAUAAUUAAGGGAACUACCGUUAAGAGAGCACCAUUGGCUUCCAUGGGUAGUGUCGAUCCUCCGGAACCAGACUCAAGUGUCGGUUAUUCAAGGUCACUGGGUUCCGACUCAGUCUUCCUGAGAAACGAUGAGCACGAAGAGUGUCUCGAUACCGAGGACGAAGUGUCCGGGUUCUCGACCGAUUCUGAAGCACCCGGACCAAGUUGCAGACGAUUCCUUCGAGUUCCCUCGAAGAAGAAGAAACCGGUUGAGAAAUGGGACGGUUGUGCUGGCUGUGUUCCUAGACGACGACCUGGUGGAAAACCUUGUCAAGUUUGUCACAGCAUCAGCGCAGCUGUUGAAACUUCUAGGUCUCAGGGAGUCUCUACGAGCACCAGCAGCCAAAGCAGUCUCGGUUCUCCACCGUGUUCACCAGCUAUCGAGCUCAGGCACAGGCCACCGCCGGCACCAUUACCAUCGAGUCCACCUGUCUGGUCACAAGAAACGCUCUUUUAG